AUGUCGUCUAUAAGACCAGAACUACGGUUCCAGGAUAAAUCCGAUGAGACAGGGUUUUACCGUAAAUAUCUCAAGUUGGGCGAAAAGCCCGAUAGAACAGUGUGGGCAGUCGACCGUGGUGACUACUACACGGUAUUGGACCAGGAUGCAAUACUAGUGGCAGAGUUGAUAUACAAGACGAAUUCAGUGGUGAAAACAAGCAAUGCGACUCUGGCUUCAGGCCAGCAUAAGGAAAUCAAAUACGUCACGCUAUCGCCUCAAGUAUUCGUCAAUUUUCUAAAGAUGUGUGUUCUAGACAUCGGCCAUAAGAUCGAGAUCUACGAUAAAACAUGGACGCUUUCCAAGACUGCUAGUCCAGGAAAUCUAGCUGAGGUAGAUCAUUUGAUCAAUUCCUCUGAUUUGAACACCCAGGCUUUGAUUGCCUCUCUUCGAUUGAGUGGUAAGAAUAUUGGACUGUCCUAUAUCGACUCUGUUAACAAGAUCAUUGGGGUGGUGGAGUUUGUUGAUAAUGAUCUAUUCUCCAACGUGGAGUCUGCAAUGAUACAAUUGGGCAUCAAGGAAUGUCUUCUAGCUGGAAAUACCUCAAAAGCUGCUGAUCCAGACUAUGUGAAAUUGGAGCAGGUUAUGAAUAGAUGUGACGUUGUAGUAACUCAUGUCAAGAAUUCAGAUUAUUCCACCAAGAAUAUUGAACAAGAUCUUGUCAGACUAACCGGCGAUGAUUUGGUGUUUUCCACCAACGAUGUUCAUUCUUUGGAUCAAGCUUUGGGCUGCGUGAACUCUUUGGUACUCUACCUUAAUCUUUUGAAUAGUGAUGAUAGUGGCUGGACUCUGGAACUGUACAAUCUGUCUCAAUACUUAAGACUAGACUAUUCCGCUGUCAAAUCAUUGAAUUUAUUCCCCUCUGUGAGCAACAACAAUCAAAACAGUAUGAACAAGAAUAAUUCCCUUUUUGGUCUUCUAAACCAUUGCAAGACUGUUGGAGGGUCUAGGCUACUUUCGCAAUGGCUUAAACAACCUCUUUUGGACAUUAAAGCUAUUACAGAGCGUCAAGAGAUUGUUCAGCUUCUCGUGGAUGAUAUGACAAUGAGAGCCGGUCUCCAAGAGCAAUUCCUCAACUCUGUUCCAGAUAUCUCAAAACUGACUAAAAAACUGGCCAGUCGUAAAGCUAAGUUGGAUGAUGUGGUUAGAAUCUACCAACUAUGCACGAAACUGCCCGAUCUAUUAGGUCUUCUAAUUGCAGAAGAUAAAGAGAAUACCAGAGCCUCGGAGUUGAUUGACGAAUGGUUUAUCAACCCUUUACAGAAGAUUUGCUCGUCCUUAUUAAAAUUUCAAGAGUUAGUUGAGACUACAAUUGACCUGGAUGCAUUGGAAAAUGCCACUAGCAUUUCCAGUUCAAUGGUUUCGGUGAACCCUCAGUUCGACGAGAAUCUCGUAAGGGUGAGUAAAGAACUAGAAGAGAUGAACUCUCAAAUGCAACAAGAGCAUGAAUUUGCAAGCGACGACCUUAAUAUGGAGAUGGUAAAGAAGCUUAAACUAGAGAACCAUCAUGUUCAUGGAUGGUGUUUUAGACUCACUAGAACAGACUCGUCAGUAAUCAGAGGAAACAAAAGAUACAGAGAGCUUCAAACAGUAAAGGCUGGUGUUUUUUUCACCACUGCCAAACUAUCUGAAUUAGCCUCUAACGUUGCGGAACUAACAGAAGAAUACAGCAAAAUUCAAUCAGGUGUCGUCAAGGAGAUUAUUGAAAUAUCAUCCACUUACAGUCCGAUUUUGGUACAGUUAUCUGCUGUUAUAUCAAAGCUGGACGUAUUGACAUCCUUCGCCCACGUUUCUUCGUUUGCUCCAAUCCCAUACCAACGUCCAAAGCUUUACGGUUUAGAUGAUAGCUCGAGAAAGCUAAAGUUGAUAGGUGCAAGACACCCAUGUUUGGAGACCCAAGAUGAUCUGACAUUUAUUGCCAAUGACGUUGUUUUGACCAAAGAUGAAUCCGAGUUUGCCAUUAUUACAGGUCCUAAUAUGGGAGGAAAAUCCACAUAUAUUAGGCAAGUUGGAGUUAUUGCUUUGAUGGCCCAGAUUGGAUGUUUCCUCCCUUGUGAUGAGGCCGAAAUCUGUGUAUUUGAUUCGAUCCUGGCUCGUGUUGGAGCGUCCGAUUCCCAGCUGAAGGGAGUAUCUACGUUUAUGUCUGAGAUGCUGGAGAUGAGUUCUAUUUUGAAGACUGCAACGAGCAACUCCUUGGUGAUUAUAGAUGAGUUAGGAAGAGGAACUUCUACCUACGAUGGGUUUGGCUUAGCAUACGGCAUCAGUGAAUAUAUUGCUAACAAACUGCACAGUUUCACUCUUUUUGCUACUCAUUUCCAUGAGUUGACAAAAUUGAGUGAGCUUAUUCCAACGGUUAUUAACCUGCACGUGGUUGCACAAACAUCUACAGACGGUAAAGACGACGAUAUUACAUUGCUGUACAAAGUUAAACCGGGAAUAUCUGAUAAGUCUUUUGGAAUCAACGUGGCAGAAAUCGUCAAAUUCCCUCAAAAGAUCAUCAAUAUGGCUAAGCGGAAGGCACAAGAACUGGACGAUGAUGCAGUGUAUGAGUCUGCUGCGAAGAAGAUAAAGGCCACUGACGAAGAAGUCGAAGCAGCCAACGAGCUUUUGAAGGACUUGCUGAAACAAUGGAAAAGUGAGGCUGAUCUCUCCGCCAAUAGUGAUGAAAUUGUAUCCAAACUUAAAGAUUUGAUGGGUAACGAGUUCAAGGACAAGAUUGCAGGAAACUCAUUGUUAAAGGAGAUGCUGACCUUAUAA